AUGGUCCCUGAUCCGCCUCCCAGCAGGGAGAAGCCCUUCAGGUGCUUGGAAUGUGGGAAGAGCUUCAGGAAGAGCACCAAACUAAUCCGACAGCAGCACAUCCACACUGGGGAACGGCCCUACACGUGUAGGGAAUGUGGGAAGAGCUUCAGGGACAGCUCCACCCUCAUCCGACACCAGCACAUCCACAGUGGGGAACGGCCCUACACGUGUGGGGAGUGUGGGAAGAGCUUCAGGGACAGCUCCCACCUCUGCACCCACCAUCACAUCCACAGUGGGGAACGGCCCUACACAUGUAGGGAAUGUGGGAAGAGCUUCAGGGACAGCUCCACCCUGAUCCGACACCAGCACAUCCACAGUGGGGAAUGGCCCUACACAUGUAGGGAGUGUGGGAAGAGCUGCAGGGACAGCUCCACCCUGAUCCGACACCAUCACAUCCACAGUGGGGAACGGCCCUACACGUGUGGGGAGUGUGGGAAGAGCUUCAGGGACAACUCCACCCUGAUCCGACACCAUCACAUCCACAGUGGGGAACGGCCCUACACGUGUAGGGAAUGUGGGAAGAGCUUCAGGGACAGCUCCACCCUGAUCCGACACCAGCGCAUCCACAGUGGGGAACGGCCCUACACAUGUGGGGAGUGUGGGAAGAGGUUUCAGCGCAGUGGGAAUCUCCUCAGGCAUGAGCAGACACACACGUAUGAGAGGCCCUUCCGCUGCACCGACUGCGGGAAGGGCUUUAAGCGGAACUCCAACCUCAUCAUCCACCAGCGGACGCACAGGGAUGAGAGGCCCUUCCACUGCACCGACUGCGGGAAGGGCUUCAACCGGAACUCCCACCUCAUCACCCACCGACGCAUCCACAGCGGGGAAAGGCCCUACAAGUGUGGGGAGUGUGGGAAGAGCUUCACCCGGAGCUCUAACUUGACCAAACACCAACGGACCCACCAGUAAGGGGAACCCUACGAGUGCCCCGACUGCGGGAAGAGCUUCGGCCGCUGCUUC